GACGAGGCUCUUCCCAAAACAACACUGUUUGAUGCGGCAUGUGCUGCAAAUGUUGUAGAAUUAUUAGGAUUUGUCCAGCUAAGUGAAGGACAAGCGCUACCAAGCAAGCGGAGUUUGAAGUGAAGAUGGACAGCGACCGUGGAGGAUCGCCUUCCAGCCAGGGCUCCAGCUCCAGGGCCGGAGGAGGAGGCGGCUUUGGGGGCCUCUUCAGGUCGACUGGACCGGGCUACUCAAACUCCGAGCUCGCCGGAGUGCCGUUGACAGGAAUGAGCCCCCUCUCACCAUACCUAAAUGUCGACCCCAGAUAUCUGACUCAGGAUGCAGAUGAGUUCAUUUUGCCCACUGGUGCCAACAAGACCAGAGGGCGCUUCGAGUUGGCUUUCUUCACAAUUGGAUCAUGCUGUAUGACAGGUGCUCUGUUUGGAGCCAUCAAUGGACUUAGAAUGGGACUGUCUGAAACCAAGCAUAUGGCCUGGUCUAAACCUCGUAAUGUACAAGUACUAAACCUGGUGACCCGUCAGGGUGCUACAUGGGCAAACACUCUGGGCUCACUUGCUCUAUUGUACAGUGUCUUCGGUGUGGUCGUAGAGAAGGCCAGAGGAGCGGAAGAUGACCUCAACACUGUGGCUGCUGGGACGAUGACUGGAAUGCUUUAUAAAUCCCCAGGGGGUGUGCGUGGAGCAGUUCGUGGGGGUGUUGUCGGCUUGGUGCUUUCAGGACUCUAUGCCCUGUACAAUAACUGGGACCACCUGAAAGGCUCCCCCACUCGCUACUGAGCCAAGAGCAUCCACAGUGGUCCUUCAGUGCUGCUAGAUGCUGAAAGCCUGUCCUACAAAACUCUUCAUUCUGAAUCUUUGAUGGAGGUUUUGAGGAGAUCAAGCACUUAAAUUUGAGUUGCAGAUUAAUUUAAUUCUAAACAGCUGAUUUUGUUGACUUUGAUAGUGCUGUAAUUUGUAUUUCUUAUCAUUUUUUCUUUGUCUUCAUUUAGCAUAAUUCAUGCGCUGUGUUGAAUUGUUGAUGUGAAUGCAAAACAAAUGCUUUUGAAUGCUUUGGAAAUCCAUUUGUAAAAUAACAGACUAUUGCACUGCAUUAAGUUUAAGACAGUAUAAUUGAUAAAUGUUUUCUGAAUUAAGACUUAUGUAAACAAGACUGAGACUAAUAAAUGUCUAUACAGAUCUUAUAGUCAAGGCUUUCAGUUUACAUGCACCUAGGCCAAAGAUAUUCAAACCCAGUUUUUCACACAUUUCAUGUUAUAUACAUUUCCUGUGUUAAGUCAAUUAGGGUAUGUAUUAUUUCCAAAAGUAUUCAUUUCAGAAUAAAAGCUAAGAGACAGAGUUAUGUCUGGUUUUAUUUGCUAUAUCAGAUUUUCAGCAGGUUAUAAGUUUACAUACACAGUGUUAGUAACUGGUGUCAUUGCCUUGAAGCAAAUGCCUUGAAGCAAAUGCCUCGGUUAGCCUUGCACAAGCUUCUCACGUUGCUUUGCCAGAAUUUUGGCCGAUUCCUCAUGACACAACUGGCGAACCUCCUUGUUCAGAUAUGCUUUUUCAGUCCACAAAUUUUCUGUGGGAUUCAGGUCAGAGCUUUGUGACUGUGACUCUGAUACUUUCACAUUGUUGUCUUUAAGCCAUUGUGUCACAACUGUGGAGGAAUACUUGGGAUCAUUGGGUCUCAUUCACCAAUAUCUUUCAAAGUUUUUUCUCAAAUUUGUUCUUGAGAAAGGUCCUACUUCAGAUUCAUGACAUGCUCUUAAAUCACAGAGCUGCUCACACUUGAGUGCUCUUGAGUGUGCGUAGAUUUUUUUUUCUUACCUAAGAAUCCCAAAUAAAACAUUGGUGAAUAUCAGAAUCUUCAUGUGAACUGCGCAAGUUACUUCUUAAGAGUGGUUGGUGAAAGAGGCCCAUUGUUCUGCUUGAAGGCCCAGCUGUGGCUAAGUUUUAACUUUAUGGCUGAUGUUUUGAGGUCUUGCUUAAGUAUUGUAGAUAAUCCUGUUUCCUCAUGAUGCCAUAUUUUUUUCUUAACAUGCAUUUUCCACAGCAUGCAUUGUGGUCCCAAGAUUUUUGUAUUUGCAGUUGUUUGUACAGAUGCUAGUGGUACCUUCCCAUGUUAGGAAGUUGUUUCUAAGGAGGACCCAGACUUGUGGAGGUCCACAUUUUUCUGGAGGUCUUGGCUGAAUUGCUUGGAUUUUUUUAUGAUAUUGAGGACAAAACAGCAAAGUUUCAAGUUAGGCCCUUUAAUACAGCCACAGUUGCACUUCUGAUUAACUCUUUAUUACAACAACUGGCUAAUCAGAAGCCUCUAAAGGUCAUUACAUCAAUUUAUUAAAUCUUCCAGACUGUUUAAAGAGACAGUCCACUUGGUGUAUGUAAACUUUUUGACUCACUAGAAAUCUGAUAUAUUGAAUUAAAGCUGAAAUAAUCUGUAAUUAAUUGUUUUAAAAUGACCUCUGAUGUGAACAAAGUAGAUGCUCUAAUUGUCUCAUGGCAACGUAUGGCAACGUGAAAUGUGUGGAGUUUGUAAACUUUUGUCCUCAACUUUAUAUUGUCAACAUAAAUAUAGCCAAAUGAAUGUUAUUACCAAUAAAUCAUAGCUCUAAAUGUUGCAUCCCAAAAUGGAGCAUGGUGGAAUAAAACUGGAUCAUUAUAAUCAUAACAUCUCUAUUGCUGUCAGUUGGCUUUAGUGCUCAGAUGCACUUAGUUUAUCUUCAGUGUCUCCACAGUUAUCAUGCACGUCUGCCAAGACUUGCUGAUCUACUAAUGAGCACAUUUAUCAAACCCAUUUAAUAAAAGCAUGAAGCAGCUGAUAAGGAGGAAAUUACCUCACUGUUGUAAAAUAGAACAUAAGCAUAAAAUCAUAUCUCUUAGAAAUGAUUAAAAAGUAUUAAUUGUUGGAUUCAAAGGCCACUUGGUGAACCUUUAUGAUGUAACCUUUAUUAAUACAUCUAGUGUUAUGUCAAGAAAUGUCCCCUAUGUGAUCUCUUUUGGAGAAUAAUGAAGAAGAUAUUGUUCUGCAGAUGAAGAGUUGGACAGUUGCUGUGUCUCUGUACUCCAGUUGGAUUUGAAAUGAAACAAUAACUAUGAGGUUAUUUCCCUUUUCAGUGCAUUUAAAGGACAAGUGACUUCUCAACCGUUUCUUUAUCAGCUUUGUGUCACUGCAUCAUUAGUUUAAGUGCAAAACGUUGAUGGCAUCUGAAUCUGGAGCUGUUGCCUUUCAGCAAAAGUGGCGAUGACAACAGGUUGACAAAUAAGAAUAAAUGAACAAAAGACAGCCGAACUACGAAACAUGAUGAAGAACAGGGUGAUAAAUAUUUAAGUAAUUUAUUUUGUUAUUAAAGUGUUAGUUUGGAAGAUUUGUACUUUACUUGAGUUUACAUAAUUAUUAAAAUUGAAUAAUUGUGUGCAAAAGUUUGAACACCCCCAUCAACAUAUCAUCUACAGAGAACACACUUAAAUAUGGGAUAUUUAUGCACAUUUUAGAGCACAAUUUCUAUUUAUUUGAUACUUGUUAUAUGUCACGUUUUGUCUUAUUUGUUCCUGAUAUUUCAUUGUCAUUAAACAGUAACUGUGCAUUAACACG